UGGCUCCUGGCUAUCGGUGAGCGCUGUGAACGGUGGAUGCGCAUCAACUUUUGACAAGCGCAAGACCUCCGACGUAAUCCCUUCGAGCAUAUACAUAUGGUGAAUUCGUUGAUAUACGUGUAUCCACUAAUGUAUCUAGAGAAACGUGCCCCUGUCAACGGGACCCCCAGUCAACAUGUGCCUGCGCUAAUCGGAAACGCAGAAAAUUUCGAAUCAAUUUUUUGUCGCACCGCAUCGCAAAAAAGUGAGUCCCUGGGGGUCGAUCACGUAACUAGAACCGUAAGAACCGGGAAAGAACGCAGCAACGAACGAAGAACCCCCAGCAGCACAUAAGAAGAUAACAGUGACAGAAACCAACAAGACCGAAGAAAAACAAUUAGAACCGCAAUUUAAAGAAACGAAACAAAUUAUAACAUAAACAUCAACAUAAACUACUAAGCAACACUAACAAACACGGAUAAAACACUACAGAUCAGUGAUAAAACAUUAAUAAGCAAAGAAAGAAGAGAAACAUAAAAACAUAACCAAACAAUAUAAUGAUCACAAAUUAAACAAACAAAUAAUCACAAAACAAAAUAAUAAUAAUUAAUAAAGUUUAUUCAGAACAUAGCCCGAUAGGGUUGUACUGUAGGUCUGACUUCGUUAGUUGUAUACCUUUGGCAUAAAAAGAAAAAAAAGAAAAAUUGCAUCUAACCGGCUAUGAGAUGUUGGAAAAUCCUAAAGGCUCCGACAAUUUUUCGAAAGAGGAAUACCUCAUAUCGAGAGCUAAGGAAGCCUUAAAGACUGAUAUCUAUGCAGCUAAGUCCUGGCUUAUUACGGCGAAAUCAUUGUUUCCUCACAGUGCUAAAGUUCAGUUUGAAGCGUACCGAAUUGAAAAGCUAUCCAAAAAUGUCAAGGAGGCUGCAAAAUGUUUCAGCGAAAUAUUUCAGAACUUCCCAGAUGAUCGUGACAUAUGGAAGGAAAUUGAAAUGGUAACAGCAUGUCUACGAUCAGAGCAAUGUGAUCCGGACGCAGAUCUUUUGUGCCAAAUGUUUCAGCACAUUCCACAAGACCUGCAACAUCGGCUUCUUAUUAUGACUGCUGAUCAUAGCGAAGAUACAAUGGAACACUGCAAGUUGCUUCUGUUAUUAUUGCGACGCUUUCCUCAAACCAUAGCUACGCAUGGGCCAAGAUUGGUAGAGACCUUGCUAACCGCUGAGAAACAUAGUCACCCAGGACGUGCGGUUAAUGGCUUUAGACGGCUAUUAGCUUGUGACGCACUACCGUUACUUGGUUCUGCACCAGUUGAGCUAAAUCCCCGAUUGUGUGUGCGGUUACUUUGUAAAGCAGUCGAAUUUUAUCUGGCUUACAUACAACAUCCUCCAGACGCACACAUUCAACAGCCGUGGGAUAGACUAUUUCAAGUGGUAGAACUCACUGGUGGUAAACUGACAUGGGAAUUGAGCACCCUCUUUGCGACGCCAUGGAGCCGAGAAAUUUACAGUGAUCGAUUACAACUUUAUGCAUCAACUUACAGUGGUGCUCUGUGCGAAGAACUUGUGGCACGCCAACUUCUUUUUUGCACUUUUGUUGUGCUAAUGCGAGUGUUACAUGAACAUAAUGCUCUUGUGAACACUCCAGAAGUAGCUUAUUGUCUUGUGGAAGCAUUUGGGGAACUGAGCUAUUCACCCCUUGUAGAGCCCAAGUUGAAGAGACGAAAAAGGGAAGACUCAUUGGCGUUAAUGGUAACCAGUGAUGGAGAUUAUAAUGGAAAUGGAUUAGGAAUUGCGGUAAAAUUAUGGGAUAUACUACAUAGCAAUGACUGUCUUCAGAGAGAAGUAGGCAAAUUGAGCCAACAAUUACGACUAGAUACCUGGUUGAGUCCAUUUCUAACGGAUCUGGCCAUAUAUAAGGGUCUACAUCGUGAUACAUUGGCACGAUUAUCUCAAGAAAGUGGUUCCCUGUCCACGCAACUUCAAUUAGCCAGCUCCUGUUAUUUUUUGAAAGACUACAAGAGUAUGCUCGAGCAUAUCGUCUUGAUUACAAAUAUGCUUCCUUCAACACGUGGGAAAACUUGCACCAAUUUAAUGGUUCCAGCAGUACGUCAUUUGCACUACCUAACACUUGCACGGAAUCCUAUUCUCCAGUACUGCUGCAGGCUGCUUCUAUCGGCGAUUAAAGUUUCUUGCACUUUUAAGGAGAAUUUUUCAAUGCCUGGAGGUGUCGGGGACUUAGCGUUGGGGCACGCUUUGGUACUCAUGCAAAUAGAUUGGCCUCAAGAGGCUGGAACACUGGGUACAAUUACAGAACGAAUCGUGAGCCGAGGUUCAUUUGGGUAUCCGUUAUUCCAAGCAUACUUAAUAUGCGUUGACAUUUUAGAAGAACUUACAUAUUUGUGGACCGAACAUGGGGGUGGAGUAUCAUUGGAUGUAGCAACUGGUUCAGGAAUAUUACAGAGCCGACGAAUCACAACACGUGGCGCAGACAAGGGAGUCCGAGAAGAGGUGAAACAAGCUAUGAGACGACAGGCGGCUCGAGACGGCGUUGAACCUCUAGAUGAACUCAUACAAAGAUUUAUUGUGAAUGAAAAAAGUGCUCUUUUGCAUACCUUGAUUAACCCAUGAUCAGAUGAUAAUGAUCGACGAUUGGUAACAAUAAUGAUAAUGAGUAGUAAUAUCAAUUGAUAAUUACAUACAAAUGACUGUAACAAAGUAUCUUUAAGUAGUUUAUAAGUUCAUAUAUUCAUAUGCAUAGCUAUGUAUUUCCACUACACCUACACAGAAUAAUUAAAAAUGAUUUUUUCAAGUA